AAUAACAACACUGCAAUAGCUACAUGGGCCGAAUGGAUCAUCACGAAUUUCUUUGGAGGCCCAAAGAUCAAAAGUGGCGCGGCGUGCCGUCUCGUCUGGAGCAGAGUCUGCCUGAUUACCAGUGGAAACUUCUGAGUGAGCAUGGCUGUGCUGAAGCAGGAUUUCAACUGCUCAGCAAUCAAGAGCGUCUUUGAAGCCUUAAAACUGGGAUUAUGAUCGACUUGAAUAUUUCGAUUCCACUCGUGUGCGUGCUACGGCUUUGACAAUCAAUCAUUCACGAAUUCCUGCAGCACCACGUGGAUUAUUGAGACCCCAGCCUCCAAGCCCUGUCUUGAGAUUGGCUCCCCAACAUUCAUCCCCAUGUAGAAUAAAUUAAUCCUGCGCGGCAAUGUCGCCUACCUUUUUCCGAUUUCGCAAAGGUUUAGAUGCUAGUGUGGGAACAUUAUUUCAUUUCCACAACAAAAUUGUUCUUUACAUGUGCAGGAAAAGAUGAACAUUAGGAGCCCUCAAGAUUCUUCUCUGCUCUCUAGUACCUUCCCAUCUCCAAACGUUGCUGCCUUGCUUAAAAUCAAGAUUCUUUCCUGGAGCCAAGAAACUGGACUCCCUGUCUGCAUUCUUGUCCGGAUUGGUGAUCGGACCUUCAACCUUCACAAGGAUCCAUUUACUCGCAAGAGCGGAUAUUUCAGCGAGAAACUGAGGGACUCCAAUGAGGUGGAGCUGCCCCCAAAUUUUCCAGGCGGAGCAGAGACAUUUGAGAUGAUAGCCCUCUUUGUGUAUGGCUCGUCCACAUUAGUUGAUCCCUUCAAUGUCGCAGCUCUAAGGUGCGCGGCCGAAUAUCUGCACAUGACAGAAGAAUACGGCCCCAGGAACCUAUGCGAACACUUCGAUGUUUAUCUUAACCAAGUUGUGUUGCAGAGUUGGAACGACACUCUGAUCGUGCUCCAAAAGUGCCAAUCUUUGCUCCCAUGGGCUGAAGAUCUUCUCAUCAUUAGCCGCUGCAUCGAGACUCUUGCAUUCAUGGCUUGCAUGGAGAUUCUUGAUCCGGAGAGGAGACGGGAUCAGCCAGUGGGCACCAUGGAGGCCUUGGCUGCAAAGCCUUGGACCGAUCAGACAGUGGAAGACAUCGUCAGCCACGAUCUGUGGAUUAACGAUCUCAUCGCUCUGCCGCUUGCGUUCUUCAAGAGGGUGAUUGGUUCGCUUAGGCGGCAGGGGAUGAAGGAGAAGUAUGUUAGCCCGAUCAUACUUUUCUAUGCCGACAGAUGGGUGAUUUCUCAGAGGAAGAGAAAUGCAGGAGUCAGCGAAUCCAUGAAACACAUACCAAUGGUCCUUCAAGAAGUUAUCGAUUUGUUGCCUGUUCCUGGAGAGAAGGCGAGCAAUUCGAUUCCUGCCGGAUUUUACUUUUCAUUGCUAUCAACAGCCAUGGAGAUUCAAUUAAGAAACAACAGCAUCGAAAAGAUUCAGAACUGUAUCGCCCCCGCGCUGCAUUUGGCUAAGGUCGAACAUUUCCUCUCCCCGAAAAACUUCAAUGAAUUAGGCAUCAUGGAGAGUAUGUUCCGGACAUACUUUUGGUACAACAUCGAAUCCGAUUGCACGCCUGCAGGAAACACUUACGCAGCUGCAGAAUUGUGGGACGAGUAUCUAAUCCGAAUAGCUGCUGAUUCCGGCAUUGCUUUCAAAAGAUUCGUGAAUCUUAUAGAAGUAGCUCCACAGUCGAGCAGGCGUACGCACGACCAUCUCUACCACGCGCUGAAUGCGUUCCUCAAGCUGCAUCCGGAUUUAUUGCCUGAGGAGAAAGAGAUGCUGUGCAAAUACCUCAACUGCCAGAAGCUAUCGCAAGAAGUUUGCAUCGAAGCCGUGCAGAACGAGCUGAUGCCGCUGCGCCUAAUCGUGCAGGCGCUUUUCAUGCAGCAGCUAAACACUCAGCAAGCUUUCCGAGAAUGCUCGGAUUCAUUCAGACAUGCUGCCCAUUUCGGCGAGCAUUCCGGGAGCCUGUCCAGCUCCCGAUAUCCGAACUCUAGAACACCACAUGUAAACUUAAACGCUGGCGACGGAGUGAGGAGUAGGCCGCUGAGCCUGUUGCUGCAGACGGAUUUAUCGAGACAAAGACAACCUGACUCAAGCUCCGAAAUCUCGAGAAAGGAUGACUACGAGUCCACAAGCUUCAGAAUCCAAACUCUUGAGAAAGAACUCGUAUCCCUUAAGAGACGGCUGCAAAGCUCGGUAAAGCACGAAAAGGGGUCGAAGAAAAUCGAGCCGGUUUCAGAGGGCGUCCCGAGCAGCACCCGCAGCUCGGCGGGGAAGAAGAGAAACUCUCUUGGAAGGGCAACCAACUGUGUAGGAAAUGUAAGCUUUGCUAACAGAUUGCUGAAAGCUCUGCAGAGGAUGAGAUUUUUUGGCAGGGGAGGAUCGAAGAGUUCGAAGAAUGUUGUUAAGGUAAGAACAGAUUAGUUGCUUCGUUAUGUCGAAUACCUUGAAGGCAAAAUUCCGCAGUGCGUUAUGGGCUCAAAGAAAAAUGAAACAAAUUACUAUAAGUUAAUUUCAACUUACGAUGUAUACUCGUUUGAAAAUGAUACUUUUGGUAUUGAUUAUUGGAAUAUUUUAAAUGUAUGUUCACAAUGGAACAUU